GGAUCGAAAAUUUAAAAUCUGAGAAAUUAGCGCCCUGAACGGCGCGUACGACCGCCAUCUUGUAAAAGUGUCUCUGUAGUGUUUGGAGGUUUAGCGAGAAGGAACAGCAGCUUCGCCGGAGGCUGGAAGUCCUUUUGAAGUGGUUGCAACGGUCCUUGGCAGUCCCUGGGCACCCAGGUGACCUCGUGCGAGGCCAGGGUACCUUCAAGCUGCUAGGACAAACCCACGGCCAGGAAACUCAUUUACACGCCCGACUCUCGCGAAGAUGUCGUACUAUUUAGAGUUCGGCAUCAACGGGUGGAACUGAGGGGUCUAGUCCAGCCUCUAGCCCUGCCUCGGCUACAAGUCUCACUAUGGCUGCUCCAAAAUAUGGUACAUUAGUACCAAAUCGUAUCUUCGUAGGUGGUAUCUCAGCUAACACCAGCGUAGAAGAACUUGCUCAACUUUUUUCCUCUUAUGGCAAUGUAAAAGCUACAAAAAUAAUUGCUGAUCGCGCUGGUGUCUCUAAAGGCUAUGGAUUUGUUACAUUUGAAACUGAAGAGGAAGCUAAAAGGCUUCAACAAGAGUCUGAAUGCAUUGUGUUAAGGGAAAGGAAACUAAAUAUAGCACCUGCAAUUAAAAAGCAACCAUUCAAUAGAUCUUUUGAUGGUGGUUCUGGAUCUCCACCCUCUGUGCCUACUAGUCCUUACUAUUAUACAAAUGGUAUGGGUCUUACGUACCAGAAUGGAAUGACAUUUUACAACACAACAGCUCCCGCACCAACGACACCAAUUGCUCCUCCGACCGAUCCAGCAACUAUUUAUCAAGCCACAGGAGUGUUUGGACCACAAGCUGCUGGUCAUCAAACAUUUGCACCUGUGAUGUACCCAUGUCCUGCUCCAUCUCUCUAUAUGCCACAGCAGUAUCAGUAUUCGCCCAUACCGUACGAGACGUAUUAUGCAGGGGCGACCGCCGCCGGAGCUCACCCGUACUUGUACACCACUAGCAAUUCGCAAAGCAACACCAGCGGCGGUAACAGCAAUUCCGGAAGUGGCAACAAUGGCACAGGGGCAACCAGUCCACCGACAGGUCCGCCGCCGCCGCUUCCAUCUUUGCUUCCACCACCACCCGCGCAUUUUUACGCCCCUGCUGCGCCACCACCGCAUCAUCAUCCACCGGUGCCUGCAGGCCCUCCUCCUCCGCAGAUGGAUCACGUUUACUACUCUUUCACAACCGGACCCCACCCACCGCCUCCACCACACGCGCCCAUGGGAUUAACCGAUCAGCAGUUGUUUUACCCCACCGAUACCUCGUGUCAGCAAACGUCGUCUGACGGUCAGGCUGCUCCACAGGACGAUUCUCGUUCGACAUCGAGCCACUCGGAGCAACCACAUGGUGAAACACAGGCUGCUACAGGGUCAGCUACACCCCUGGUGUCCUUAAUGCCCGUGAAAUUCCCCAUGUCUGGUCGUUACGCCAAUUAUCAUCCGAUCGCGAUACAUACCGGGAACUUGUACAGUUCGCAGACAUGCUUAAACGAAAACGACGAUUGCAGUGGCAAUCAGAUGCAUUGUAGGGCCAUCGUGUAUCACCCGGUUUACAUUCCACACACGCAUACACCAUCGUAUCACAACGCAUCGGGCGGUACCAGCUUGCUGCCGACCCCGCCGUCGGUGUCCCAGCAGCUGUUCGACUCUACCAACAAAGGUCAGAGUUACAAUUCCAGGGACUACGGGAAGUCAGGGCCCGCGAACGGACAGAACAGUUAUACGAAGUCUCAGAAUCACGGGAUCGCGUUGUCUCAUCAAACCCCCUCGUUCGUUAAAGCUCAAAACUUGGGAAACUCACAGUCUUACAAGCACAGUAACGCGGACGGUGGUUACAAGUACUCGUCGCCGUCGAUGGCCUCGCGAUUCCCCAUGCAAUAUAACAGAAGAACGGCUGGUUCCACCGUGGGCUCCCCGGCUUGCUUCGUGGCGCAAAAGUCCGACGGCUACAAUCCCCAGACGCACGGUGGCGUGCCGAGAUCCGGGAACUUCGCUUCGAAUACGUCCGGUCAGUCGUACAACCCCGCGUACGCGGGUUCGCAGUCGCGAAUGUUCAACGCGAGCCAGUGCUUCGAUUACGCGAACGGUCGCAGGAGCAAUGAUCAGUAUUUCGACGGUAGCGCGACAAGGUCAAACAACUAUCGUAAGAACGCGGCGAACAGCUACAGAAGCAACAACGGACAGACGGAACACGGAAACUGUUCUAGCGGACAGUCGAACGAGACUUACAAUCCGAUCGAGACUGAUAAUAACGUUACUCAGGGGGUACAGGCGGUAGAUCCUAGCAAUAGCUUGGAGAAGCCGGUGAGCCCACCGCCAGCGCCGUAUUCACCCAUGACAAGACCUCUUCCAACUUUGUCACCACCCACCUCCCAGGUCCAGUACUAUACUACGGCGCAAAACCGUUAUCAGCCAUCCCUAGCCCCGUCCCAACACCAGCAGCAACAGCAACAGCAACAACAAGCCAGCCAGCGUCGCUACACCAUCGCACCGACGCUCUCCGCCAGUCGCAAACCUACGGAGAAGUACUCGAGUUCCGGUUCCGCUCAGACUACCGCCAUGCUGCGACAGAGCAAGUACAAGGUGAACGGGAUCAUGCAGACCGGGAACAAGGUCUCCGACGACAGUCUUGGCGGGGCUGGAGACGCUCCACCAGGUGUUGGAAGAAUGCCCAUCACGCCGCCAGGAACGCCAAGGGCUCAUCAUCCCGGUCAUCCAGCAGGGGAUCAGAAUCAGCUGAGCGACACGUGCCAUCAGAUGCAAACUCUGACCCUUUGAAUGCUUCUUUUUCGAAUGCGCUUCGAUUGUUCGUUUUCUUUUCUUUCUUUAUUUUGUCCUCCGAUUCUUCUUUUCGGUCAUCUCCACUACACAAUGGACACACACACACACACACCACACACCACACACCACACACCACACAGCGGACACGAGACAGAGCGCGCGUGUAUCGCGAUUUCGAAGCCGUAUGUAAAACAACGUCGGUCCAGACGGUUAAAAUCUGCGUAUAUUCGACAAACCUGCAUAAGCAUACGUAUACAUAUAUAUAUAUGGUAUAACAGCGUACGAUUCUUCUCUUGUGAUCUCAGUCCCUAAAUACAAAAAGAACAAAAAAAAAAAAGAA